AUCAACACCGGUCAUAAUUAAUUCCUGACUGUCAAUUAGUCAAGUGCAUUUUUUUAAGUUUUUUCACAUACAUUUCAAUUGCAUUCCAUAACAACACUUUCCAUUCUCCUUCGAAGAUGUCAAACAACAAUAAUGGUCAAUGGGAAACAGUAACGAAGUCCAAAAAGUUUAAAAAUCUCGAGAAAAAGGUUGUGGCUCACAAGGAAAAGAAACGUGAAGAAGCACUAAAACCGAAAUUAGAUGAAAUAUUACCCUCUCAUCAAAUUCGGAAAUUGCUCAAUGAGCGUGGGAAGGCUGGCAGCAAAGAUGUCUCUCCUUCGAAGUCAAAUACAAGUUCGAAAUCGAAAACUUCCACACCCAAGAGAUCGGUCACAAAGAGUAAAGAACAAAAUGAAACAAAGAAGCCCAAAUCGGACCAUCCCAAACAACCACCUAAACCCAAAAGUUUGGACCAAGCUUUUAAAGCAUUAACGCCAAGAGAUUUUACCACCCAAUUAGAACAUUUCCAAUUGUUAUAUCCUGGUGCAAAAUUGACUUGGCUGAAAGCGAUUACCAGUUAUAUCAAUUCAAAUUUACAAUUUGAAUGUGAUCCUGUUUUUUCUGGACGCUCUGCAUCAUAUCCGGGAAAUUUGGCUUCGUCCGAAUUUAAACAAACUUUAUUAGACUUUUUGUCAUCGGAGGGUGAAGAGAAUCUUAAUUACUUUUUCCAUUAUACUCUUUUGGAGAGUAUGUGUACUGAUUUAAAUAACAAUUUACCUGUUGUAGGGUACAAGUUUAUGUUACAAUUAAUAGCUAGAAAUUGGCCCCAAAUUUGUUCCUCAAAUAUGGCCAGUACAGCAAUGUUAAAACAUUCCUAUCAAAACCGUAGUAAUAUAUGCUUAAGCAUAUUGUGGGCCAUAGGACAAGGUGGUUAUGAAAACUUGAUGGUUGGCAUAAGAGUUUGGCAAAACUUAAUGCUUCCAAAUUUAGAGAUGAAAAGUUACUCACGCUUUGUUACGGAAUACAUUGAAAAGGUAUUAAAUGUAGCCACAGAUCAAAGACUUCAAUUGAAUCAAAAUGAAUUCUUUGAAAUUUAUAAUGCACUAAAAGCCAACUAUCCUAGUAUACCUCGUGAUUGCCAACAAUCUUUAAUACGAAGCUCUGAAAUGUUUUUGCAAAAAUUCAUAAGGAAUUGCAGUAAACAUGCUAACCUCUUCCUCACACUCCUACGCAGCAUUGAGAAUCCCACUAAGAGCAGUAUUGAGACUAAUGGUUGUCUCUCUUGUCUCUUACACUGCAAUGAUGAUGACUGUUUUAAGGUGUGGAAAAUGAAUUACAAAAAACAAUUACUGCCCACCAUUUAUUUGUUACAAAAAAUUGAGUAUGAGUUAUCGGAAAGUGCCUCAGCAUUGGCAAUGUCUUCAGCCUUCCACGAUUUCCUAAAAGAUGCUGUACAAUUAAAUGCUGAACUAGACUCUGCCAAGAAACGUGAUCCAAAUUUGGAUACUCUUAUAACUCUUGUUGCGGAUGUACAAACAAAGACAGCACAACAAAAAAAGAAACAAACCGCCGAAAAGAAAAAGAAAUGCGGUUGCUGUAAAUGGACUUUGGGAUCUUUACUGCUCGUCGCGUUGAUCGCUGGAGCUUUGUUCUAUGACACCGAAGUCAAUGGCAAAGGUGUAUUUGCCAAGUCGGCGACCGGCAAGGUGUUGAAGAAUGCCGGCGUGUUGCCACAUGUCGAGAAGGCAUGGUACACAACAAUGAGUACCGCGGCUCGAGGUUACAAAUGGGCCGAGAAGACAUUGCCACCCUACACAAAACCCGCCUGCAAAUUGGUUUGUGAUUUAACGAAAUUAUUCCGUAAUGCUGCUUGCAAUGCAUUCACCGCCACCAAAGAAGUGAUCAAUGCUAAAUUGCCCGUUGCAGCUCAAUUUUUGGAGCAAUACGUGCCCGGUUUGCCCAAGAAAAUUGAGGAUACUGCAGUUACUGUAAAGACCGCUUCUGUUGAUGUUUUUGGAAAAUUGGUUGCUUUCUUCAAAACACAAGUGUUGGUUGGCCGUUUCUCACCCGAAAACUUGAGCAAAGCCUUGAAUCAAACACAAAACUUGGCCUUGGAAUACUACAAUCAAUUCCAUAAAAAGGUUGAUGCCUAUGCCAAACUGAAAUGAUUUCCUCAAACCUCAUUUCGACGUAUAUCAUUCUAAACAAAAAGCAACAAAACAUUCACAUCUACAAAGAAACAAACAAACGGCGCCGCAAGCAACAUCAGCAGUCACAUUUGUAUAAAGAAGAAGAAUACACCAGGCAAAUCAAGCCGAAGCAGAAAUUGUAACAUGGAAGGGUAAUUUUUUUAUAGCCACAGUCGUCACAGUCACCAACAGCCAUAUUUUUUAAGAAGCCGAAGGAAUAACUAAAUCUCUGUCUCCCUCUCAUCGAUGAUUUGUGCAAGGGGGGAAUGUGUGCGUGCUGUAUUUGUAAUUCUAGUUUAUUAAUUUUAAAUUUACCUAAAGAAAAUGAAACUAACUAAAUGUAAUACCCAGGACUGCAGCAUCCCGCUGCAACCAUAGACUGCAAUUUGUGCAAGGAGAUGAAUAAUUUUAUAAAUUAAAUAAAAAGUUUAAAUGCGAAACAGAAAAAUGUAAUAUUCCGAUUAGAUAAAACAGAAAAAUACAAAAAGAGAAACACACAUAUGAACAAUUGUUAAUGAAUUUUAAUUGUAAUGUAGAUUUAUUAAUGAUGAUUUUUCGAGAAAACACAAACAACAAAAA